AUGAGAAUUUACGUAAUACUGUUGGUGAUAUCGCUGUCCGCCCUUUCCGAGGGCGCUGGGCGUGGCCCCAGUCACAGUGUUACUUGGGGAGUGAGGAGCUACAAGGACUCUCACUUGAGAAGGGAGAUCAUUACGGAAAAGUCCAGGUUUCUGCGCGUAGUCACAAAGGAUUAUGUUUUCAAUCAGAAGAAACUUAAACGCACCAUCACUCAAAUCGUGAUUACGGAUCAAGUAAGGGAUGGAAAUGGAGGCUAUGCAUACCUAACAGCCGGUGGACCACAGAGCACUUAUGCUAAAAUCCAUCUGAAGAGUCAACGCAACCAGGGCUUCAGCUUCAUCAUCGACAUUUACGGCAUUUAA